CCGCCGAGUGUCGCUGCUGUUUGUUAGGAAUAACGUUAUUCCUGAGCAAGCAGAUCCGCAGGAGCCACGCAUUGGGCAGGGCUCUGAAGACCCGUUUAGCUGCUACAUAGGAGAAAAAAACCCAGUGCAGAAUAGAAAAGGGGAUGACGUAGGGGCUCAGGCUGGAGACAGAGAGCAGAGAUGAGCCUGACAUCGUGGUUCCUGGUGAGCAGCGGGGGCACACGCCACCGGCUGCCCCGUGAGAUGAUUUUUGUGGGCCGUGAUGACUGCGAGCUCAUGCUGCAGUCUCGUAGUGUAGACAAGCAGCACGCUGUGAUCAACUACGAGCCAGCAAGUGAUGAACACAAAGUGAAGGAUUUGGGGAGCCUUAAUGGGACAUUUGUGAACGAUGUUCGAAUCCAGGAGCAGAUGUACAUCACUCUGAAGAUCGAUGAUAAGUUACGGUUUGGAUAUGAUACCAACUUGUUCACGGUAGUCCGAGGAGAGCUGCAUGUUCCAGAGGAGGCUUUAAAGCAUGAGAAAUUUACUAGUCAGCUUCAGCUUGGGAAGAAGCCAGUCUGUACCGAGUCGCCCAAAACAACCAAGUCUCCUACAGCCAGAGGUGCAGAGAGCAAAGCAGCCGAGCCUGUCCCUGAACCUCCUGCCAAAGCCGCCGAAACCUGCAAGGCUGAUGAAAAGAUGUCAGGUGAUACUGCAGCACUGCACAGGGGAACGCCUCUGUAUGGACAGCCGUCCUGGUGGGGUGAUGGCGAUGCCGAUGAUGAGAACUCAUUUAAGCAGGAGAAUAAAGCAGCGGGGAAAAAACAGGAGACUCAUGGGACAGACACCAAGGACACCAAACGAACAGAGAAAGCUAAGGAGAAUGGUCUGAGCGCUGCAGGACCCGAGCCCAGCUACUUUGAGAUCCCAAGUAAAGAAGGCCAGAUGGCAGAGAACGCCAUUCACGAGGUACCGACCAAGGAUACGGAGAGCAGCGCAGCAGCCAAAGCCGCCCAAGCUAACACCUCCUUUACCAUCGAAUUUGAUAACACCUCUCCGGGGAAGGUGACCAUUAAGGAUCACGUGUCACGUCCAAGAUCUAAAAAAUCUCAGCCCGGGAGUAAAGAGCUCAGCUGCCUGCAGGCAGCCAUCAUGGCCUCGGAGAGCAAAGUGGCUGACUGGCUCGCACACAACAAUCCUCCCAUAGUGAGGCGCGAGUCUACAGAGGAAGACAGCAAAAGCAUAAAGAGUGAUGUUCCUGUUCACCUCAAGAGGCUGAAAGGCAGCAAGCACGAGGACGGCACCCAAAGCGACUCGGAGAACGGCCUCGGCCUGCGUUUCGGUAGCCGACGCCACGCCGCUCUGGAGGAGCGCUUGAAGGCAGCUGGCCUCACACGUGCCAAAGUGACUGGGGCAGACGGCUCGGGCUCCACCAGCCGCACCGCCUUUACCAUUGAGUUCUUUGAUGAGGAGAACCCGCGCAAACGCCGCUCCUACUCCUUCUCCCAGACUGCACCACUUUUGGGAGGGAUACCAGGAGAGGGACUGUGUCCGGCACCACCCUCCCAUCCUAAGGGCACUUCGUCCGCUCUGGCAACAGUGGCACCGACAGCAGCGCGGCUGCUGCAGAAGAAAAGGUCAGAGGACAAGGCGACGACGACCCCAGGAGAUGAGACACAGAAGCAGGACGAUGAGCAGAGCGACAAGGGCACCUACACCAUCGAGCUGGAGAACCACAACCCUGAGGAGGAGGAGGCCCGCCGCAUGAUUGAUAAGGUGUUCGGGGUGGAGAAGCCUCAGGAUCCCAGCUCACUGCAACAGAAAACUAAGGACAGUAAGAAGACCAGCAGCACGAAAGCUGAGGGCCUCCUGGAGGAAUCCGUUGCAGUUGGCAGUCCACACUGGGUUUCCCAAUGGGCCACUUUAGCUGCUAACCACACAAGAACUGAUCCCGAAGGUUCCGGGGCAGAACCCACACACUUUGUCCAUCAAGAGAGAGACGCUGAUGCAUUUGAGUCAGGUGUGUCUUUGAGGAGCACCGGCUCUGCCACCUCCAGCCAGGCUGAACGGAAAAGGAGGACGUUGCCUCAACUCCCCACCGACGAGAAGAGCAGGCUGGGAAAGUCCUCCACCACCACCACAGGCCUACACUCAGAGAUCGGCGAGAAGCAAGACACCGAACUCCAAGAAAAGCAACACAAAGGAGAUGGUGAAUGUGUUUCCACCACCAAAAAGAAGGACGCUACAAGUGGAAAAACAAUCCAAGUUCAGACAGCCUCUCCCAAGCCUCUUGUGCCUCCUAUGGAAGGUGUAGAGAAGCAGAGUGAGGAGUCUCGCAGGAGGCGUGCUGAGGACAGAAGCAAGGGGAGUGAUGGCGAGCGUGGCGGAAAGCCCCUGGUGCGGCAGGGCAGCUUCACCAUCGACAAGCCAAGCACCAAUGUUCCACUCGAGCUUAUCCCACGCAUUAACCAACGGCAGUCUGGGGGCCGAGAACGCAGUGACUCUGCUGGCAGCAUGGACACAACCACCCUACUCAAGGAUACUGAGGCUGUUAUGGCCUUUCUAGAAGCCAAGCUACGAGAUGAGAAAAAGCUGGACCCGUCGCCACCCCCUGGCUACCCUUCAGGACGCUCUUUUUCCCCAGAGUUGGAGGCCGAUGCAACUAAAGCAGCGGGGCGCGCUGAAGCGCCGCAGAAGCGCCGUUCUCUUAGCAGCCUGCACAGAGAGAAAAGCAACAUGAGCUCAGCUGGAAAGGGCACAACCAAUGCGCGGGAGAGACUGGAGAGGAAAGCCAAGCCCAAGACCUCAGAUGGGCGUCUGGACACCAGGCGCUCUGCUCAUACGAGUCAGCGGGCCCGCCAGCCCUCCAUGGACCUGACAGAUGAUGAGCAGACAUCCUCAUUGCCCAUUUCCGAUGUACUCUCAGAUGACCAGGACAACGGGCGUAACCCCUUCACCUUUACUGAUGACUUGCUGCAGUCCAAACUGGACUCCACUAAAGUUACUAGAGCUAGUAAAUCCAGCAGGAUGCCCCAGGCCAGCUCUGCCACUAUGGGUAAGCCCCAGUUGCCUCAGCCUCGGCCCACGAGGGCGUCUCUUCUGAGACGUGCUAGACUUGGAGACACGUCUGAUACAGACCUGGCAGAUGCAGACCGGGUGUCAGUUGCAUCCGAAGUGUCCACAACCAGCUCCACAUCCAGGCCACCAUCAGGUCGGAAGGCUCCUUCUCGCAUCGACAUGCUGGCGCAGCCCAGGCGCACCAGGCUUGGGUCCAUGUCAGCACGCAGCGACUCGGAAGCCACAAUGUCCCGCAGCACUACUUCGAGGAUAUCAUCCGAGACAGCACUGAGACUAGGCUUGCGCCCCACCAACCCAGCAGACAGCAAGCUGCACCCUCGCCUUCGGGCAAACAGCGUCUCCAAGCUGACAGAGACCAAACCCAAGACAGCACCAUCCAUCUCCAGUACUCCAGCAGAGACGUCUCAACCAGAGCCGGAGGAUGACCUUGUCAACGAGGAGCCCAUGGCCAGCAGCAGGUGGCGGCGACUCAAUACGGAAUACGGCUCCACCUCCGAGGACGAGUUUGGCUCGAACAGGAACUCCCCGAAAGCAGGGCGUCUGAGGCCAGGCACUGCACUACGCACCAGUAGAAUGAGCAGCAGCACGGGCACGGUGACAGCAAACCCGGGCACCAUCACCAUCAAACACAGGAUGAGAGAGCAGGAGGAGUACAUUAGAGACUGGACAGCUCACAGCGAAGAGAUCGCCAGGUUAUUCCCCUGUGUGCGCAGGAUCAGUCAGGACCUGGCCAAAGAUCUGGCCAUUCUGGCGCGGGAGAUCCACGACGUGGCCGGAGAGAUCGACUCGGUCAGCUCCUCCGGCACAGCACCAAGCACCACGGUGAGCACAGCGGCCACCACGCCCGGCUCUGCCAUCGACACCCGAGAGGAGUUGGUAGAGCGAGUUUUUGAUGAAAGUUUGAACUUUCGGAAGAUCCCCCCUGUGGUGCAGACCAAGACUCCGGAGAUGAACGGCCGGCCGGUGGAGCUGCGGCCUCGAGCCCCGGAUAGUCUGGAUCCCCAGAGUGCACUGCGCAGACGCACAUGGAACCGAGAUGAGGUCAGACCGGCGGUGCUAGACAGCUUGCUGCUGACAUCAGUCUCUCAACUGUCCUCCAAAAUCCGCCAGUCUGUGGACAAAACCGCAGGCAAAAUCAAGAUUCUGUUCAAGGACAAAGACAGGAACUGGGACGACAUCGAGAGCAAACUGAGCUCGGAGAGUGAUAUACCACUUCUCAAAACCACUAACAAGGACAUCUCAACAAUUCUAACAGAGCUGAAGAGGGUGGAAAAGCAGAUUCAAGCCAUAAACAUCAUGGUGGACCCGGAUGGAACCCUCGACGCUCUUGCCAGUCUCGCCCUGGUGAGUCCUACCACACCUAAACCCAAGACCAGCAACGGAGCCUCCAAACCCUCGUCCACAGCGUCCCCUAACCGAGAGCUCCCCAGCCCCGGACUGAGCCGUCCCCAAGCCAGUGGCGAGGCGAGCGCCAUUACUAACAAGUGAAGGACAGGAACCCUUAGAAUUGAACAAACUGGACCUCUAAUAGUUAAACCUCUCUGAACUGAUCUUGUCUGUACCCCGUCCUACCUGCACUCCAACGGAAUGUCCAUCUUUCCCCAAGUGAAGUUGUUGUAAGUCACACCUGUGGAUUUGGACAGUGCUACACAGUGCAGCUACUCAAGCACACACAGCUGUGUGAAGAAGAGGUGAAGGGCCGGUGAUGUGAGGCUUGUUAUGCUGGACUUCUUGCUCAUGGCUGUGUGUCUGAUGUUAGAACCAACUGCUUGUGUGUGCUGCAAGUGUGUACGUUCUCAUCCAGGCAUGAAGCGAGUGGACUGUGCAAUUCAACUUCGACAGAAAACAAAAACAUGACUCGAGUGCCUGUCUUCUCUCCUGUAUAAGCAUUCUCUUCUGCAAACAGCAGCUUCUUAUAAAGUGUCAAAAGUGUGUGAGAGUCAAAGAUGCUGUUGGUUUAAAAGACUUGACGGAAAUGUAGCGUUGAAGGGAAACCUUUUUUUCAAGAAGUGUUAAAGAUUACGAAGCGAAACAUGAACCAGCUUACCAAAGUAAGUCAAAUUCUAUGCGUGCACUCAACAGGUGUAAAACUUCACCCGGGUUUUUUUUAUCUGUUUUUUUUUUCUUUUCUGGUGAUUACACAAAGUGCAUUUAUGCUAUUAAAAUGAGCAUAGGUCAACUCAGUGAUUUUGGCUCCACUAAAAAAAAAAAAAAAAAGACUUCAGUCUUCAUGCACUGAUUUUUUUUUUUUUGCAGCCUGUUAGACUAAAGUGUAGGUAGUAAAACUUAGUAAAGGUUAAAUAUCAGUGAAUUAUCAGCAAAUGUCUGACAUUGGUUUCAUUUUUCCUCACAUUCGAAGGAGGUGUUUGGAAGAUAUGCAGUAUUAAACACAAGGUAUUAGUGAAAUCCAACAUGGUUAUGUGUUGAUCAUCUCUCAGUCGCUAGGAUCUUUGUGCUUUGUGCUACUGUGACCUGAGCCUUAAAACAAACCGCCUUUAACACAAGGCGUAUCCACAUUUGGAAUAUGUUAGGGUCAAUCAAACACGUUACGAAUUUUUAAUCUCAAUACACUAACGCUCUGUAAUCAGAGGAUCCAAUUAGAGGGAAUUAGAUACGCAGUGGUGAGAGUUGGGCAGUUCAUCAGCCUUGUGAGAAAUCUCCAAAAGCUCGUUAGUCACAUUGUCAUGACGGUAUUCCAGCAUAUUGUGUAUGUACUGUAUUGUCUUACUCUCCUGUCACCGCUUGCUGCUUGACUGACUUUAUGUUCAUGGGGACGGGUCGGGGAUGAGCUUAACCAGCCUUUCAUUGUGAAUCUACAUGUCGUAGAGAGGGUAGUGUGACUGUUGUUAGGAACUGAAACAAUAGUAAAGAUAGGUACAGGAGGGUUUUUAUUACUAUUAUUAUUAUUGUUAUUAUUAUUUUAUUUUUCUAAUUAAUAAAUGUUUCCGUAAAGUACCCACUGUGGCAAAUCUAGUUCUUGGGCAGUUUUAGGAAUGAAAAAUAUAAUGUAGCGUGCACAAGUGACAUUUUAAAGUUCCUGGACUCCUGUAAGUUAAUGUUAUGUGUGUUAAAGGCUAUCCAGGGUAUAAAAGGAAAUAACACCAAAAUCAUAUCUGUGCAUCAUACUGCUCUCAAAACAGGAUAUGGGACGAUCGUCCUGCCCCUAAAACACACCUAUCUUCUUCUUUUUUAUAAUAGUAUCAUUUGUAAUAUUAUUCUACAUGUUUUACAUGAUGGGGAACAGAAAACAAGCUUGGUACAGUUUUGUUUUGUUUUUAUUUUUGUUUUGUUUCAGUUUACAGUGACAUAAAUUGUAAAAUAAAUUUUUCAUUCUUUUUCAUUGUUUUUGAGAAAUGUGUUUAUUUAUUUUGUUUAAUUUUUGUUAAAUGCCUUGACUUUCUUUGCAGCACAUGUUAGAAUUUCAAUUUCGUUCAUGUUUUGUUUUGUUUUUGUUUGUUUGUUUGUUUUUUAUUAAACCUUUUCCAUGUUUUCAAUAAAGCCGAAAAUAUUCCUGGACCCUAGUUAAAAAUAGUUGUCUGUGUAUAUCCUGCAUUUCAAUAAAGUGCUUGAUCUAAA